CAUGGGUCGGACCCGGAAGCCCAACGUGUGCCGCCAGCUGAGCCGCCGGGCGCUGGGCUGCUUCGCACGCGACGCGGGCGUGGUACAGAGGACGAAUCUGGGCAUCCUGCGGGUGCUGGUGUGCCAGGAAAGUACUAAAUUUAAGAAUGUUUGGACAACUCAUUCCAAGUCACCUAUAGCCUAUGAAAGAGGAAGAAUAUAUUUUGACAAUUAUCGGUGCUGUGUUAGCAGUGUUGCAUCAGAGCCAAGAAAACUUUAUGAAAUGCCAAAAUGUUCCAAAUCAGAAAAAAUAGAGGAUGCAUUAUUAUGGGAGUGCCCAGUGGGGGAAAUACUUCCCGAUCCCUCAGAUUAUAAAUCCUCACUCAUUGCACUAACUGCUCAUAAUUGGCUGCUUCGUGUGUCUGCAGCUACUGGGGAAAUCCUUGAAAAGAUAUAUCUUGCUUCCUAUUGCAAAUUCAGAUACUUGAACUGGGACACUCCUCAAGAAGUCAUUGCAAUCAAGUCAGCUCAGAACAAAGUCUCAGCAGUGGCCCGCCAGGCAGGCAUUCAGCAAUCUGUUUUGCUGUACCUUGCAGUGUUCCGUGUUCUACCUUUUUCACUCAUAGGAAUUUUGGAGAUAAACAAAAAAAUUUUCGGGAACGUUACAGAUGCUACUUUAUCUCAUGGAAUACUGAUUGUGAUGUACAGCUCGGGACUGGUCAAACUCUAUAGCUUCCAAGCCAUCACUGAACAGUUCAUGCAACAGAAACUUGACUUAGGGUGUGCAUGCAGAUGGGGUGGGACUACUGGAACUGUAGGAGAGGCUCCUUUUGGCAUUCCUUGUAAUAUUAAAAUCACAGACAUACCACCACUCCUCUUUGAGGUAUCCUCCUUGGAGAAUGCUUUUCAGAUUGGAGGUCAUCCUUGGCAUUAUAUCAUCACACCCAAUAAGAAGAAACAGAAAGGAGUUUUCCAUAUUUGUGCCCUAAAAGACAAUUGCUUGGCAAAAAAUGGAAUCCAGGAAAUGGAGUGUUGUUCUCUAGAAUCUGACUGGAUCUAUUUUCAUCCUGAUGCCUCUGGUAGAAUAAUACAUGUUGGCCCAAAUCAGGUCAAAGUUUUAAAGCUAAGUGAAAUAGAAAAUAAUAAUUUCCAACAUCAGAUCUCUGAAGAUUUUGUCAUUUUGGCCAACAGGGAGAAGAACAAAAAUGAAAAUUUAAUCACUGUUACAGCUUCUGGACGCAUAGUAAAAAAACAUUUUAACCUUCUGGAUGAUGACCCAGAACAAGAGACUUUCAAAAUUGUGGACUAUGAAGAUGAGUUGGAUUUGCUCUCUGUGGUAGCUGUUACUCAACUCGAUGCUGAAGGAAAAGCUCACCUGGAUUUUCACUGUAAUGAAUAUGGAACUUUACUUAAAAGCAUUCCAUUAGUGGAGUCAUGGGAUGUGACAUAUAGCCAUGAAGUCUACUUUGACAGAGACUUGGUACUCCACAUAGAACAGAAACCCAACAGGAUCUUCAGCUGCUAUGUUUACCAGAUGGUAUGUGACACUGGGGAAGAAGAAGAAACUGUAGACACAGAUAGAAGUUGUUAAAAAUCAGAUAUAAUUUUAAAUGUUGAGAUAUAAUUUAUGAAACUGUUAGUGAAACUCCCCAGCAACUAAGAUCCAGUCUUUCCUUUUUAUUACCUUUCUGACAAGUUUUCCAGUAUUUUCCAGAAGUCUUAUGUUGACGUCAGAUGACUCUGGCUUCUUUUCUAAACUCUUGCUUUGGAAAGUGGUGAUGACUUCAUUUCAUGUAAAAGUUUUUUCAAAUGAUGUCCCAAGAAGUUUAGCAUUUUGGGGCUUUUAGCUAGGUAGUAAUACAAAUAUAAAUUGUUGAGUACUGGUUAAUUCUAAUUAUUGGGGAGACAGUCAUUGAUGG